AUGAAUGGACAUUUUUAUGACCAUUGUGUGCCUGUUGGGCAUCAUUUGCGCAUUGGCCACGAUACUGCUCAAUUUCAAUUUAGUGAUAAGGAUUGUGAUGAAGAAAUCAAAGCGAAAUGCAGAUAUGCAUUUGUUUUACUACAGUAUGUCGGUCCUUAUGUGGGCAAAGUCACUGGAUGUGCUAUCGAAGCGACAGUAGUUUCAACUCUUUUAAUAUUCAAAAAAAUCGCUGAAGCUUCUAGUCGUCGACGGACUGUAGCUGUUAAAAAUCUCAGUAUACACAUACUCUUCUUCAUUCUCUUCAUUCUGCUCUCCAUUAAAGCUCCACAAUUUAUGGUCGAAUUUCGUCCUUUGAUAGUCUAUCUUGCCCUUUUUUGGUCAAAUUUUGCCGCUUGCCGGUCCAUUAUUGCCCUUUCCAUAUCUGCCGAAAGAGUCAUAGAUGCAUAUUUUCCCAUUACAUAUCGCUCCUAUAGAAACCUAGUUCCUAAUUGGAUUGUUUUAGCAGUAGGUAUCGCAUUUGGAGUCUCGGAAGAAUUCGUUUUCUUCAAUUUAUGCUCUUAUGACAUGAUCAUUCCUCCAAGUUGUCGAGUUUUUGGCUGCGCGAUUAAUCAGUGCUUUUAUUAUUUUUGGACAAUUCACAAAGACGCGAUAUUCUCAGCUAUAGUGUUAUUAUCAAUAAUGCUAUCAACCAAACUAUUUAUUUGGAACAAUUUGAGGCAUAAGAAGAAUAAUCAACUAUCAAAGGCAAACCGUCUUGCACUACUGAAUACCGUAACCGUGUUAGUUUUCGAUUUCCUCCCUUCCUUUUGCCCUUCAAUGUGA